AAUACUUGUUAUUUUGGCAAAUUUUGAGAAUUUCCUGAAAUUUAGCUAGGAAAUAUAGGUGAGACUGUUCAUUGUCUUAUUCAGAAACAUCAUCAACAGGACAGCUAGAGAAUGUGGGAUUGAUGUCUUAUACAGGACUGUUAUUUGGUACAGUUCAAGACUAUACAUGUACCUUGACAAAGCACUGUCAUUUAUCAAGAAACUGGAACAAUGUCAUAUAGCUCAGGAAGAAAUAUAACCAUUUAGCUAAAUAAUAUAACUGUUGUCCAUUGGUAUAACUUUGUAUUCAGUUGUACUGCCUUUGAUGGACUUAAACUACAGUCGAAGGAUGGCAAAACAUAAAAGGACACAUAAGAAGUAUUUACACAGAUAGAUCCAACAAUACAUUUAGCGUUUUCUGUCAAAGACAUCUAAUGAUUUGUUAAAAGUGUACCUUCCCAUACGAUAUACCAGUUAAGGAAGAGAAGGUUCAAGAUCCAUAAAAUGGAUGAAGCGAGAGGUAUUCAUUCAACUGACCCCUGGAGCCCAGUUUCAAUUGUAGGAAUAAAGAAAGAGGAAGAAGAAGAGGACAUUAUUGUUGAUGAUGAUGUCAUGCAGGGAGUCUCAUCUCCAAUACUGGAGAGCUCCAUUGUUGAGCCGCAAGAGUUUGCUCAAGGAACAGACAUUCUCAAUAGACGUGCUGAAGCCAUAGUAGAAGCUACCAUAGUUGCAGGGAGUGUUGGUACUGUAGAGCAACAGAUGUGGCCAGCAAGUAGUGAAGACAUAGUGGAUGUUGUCUCUGUAGAGCCCCAACCAGGCCCAUCAGGAGACCGCCUUAGUAGCUCUAGUGGCUGUUCUGGCUUAGCCAUGUCUGUUCACCCUGACAUAUAUAGUGAUCACGAAGAGUUGGAUGUUGAUACAGAUCCAUAUGUGCCCUAUCUCCCAGAGACCAAGCCACCUGUACCUAAAUGUCGCACAGAUGCUCCUGUACCACGACCACGGCGUAUGUGCUCAUAUAUUACUCCAAGGAGCCAGGAGCCUACAGAGAGGGCAAAAUCUCCGGAGGCUGAUCCCCGCCCAGCUAGACCUCAAAGACCACAUGUGUACCCCAGGACUGGCCCUGUAGAGGUCCUUGGGGUGCCGCGGCCGUGUAGGGGACAUACUAGAUCCUCUUGUGCAUGUACAGCACAUGGAACAAAUGAUCAUGCUAUGUCUUCAUCACAUGAUCAUGCAAUCUCCUCCUCCAACAUGAGGGGGCAGCCACAUUGUUGCAAUCACACUCGUGGACACGAUCGAGGUGAAAUUGUUGUUGAACGACGUGUAGUUGAGCCAAGAGCAGGCUGUAGUCACCAACAACAACAACAACAAUGUACUUGCAAUCACAGGCACAUUGCCCAACCUAGACCUCAAGUAGCUCCAAAUCUACAACCAUUUCACCAUCGCAACUUGACUGUGAGACAUCGACAGAAGAAAAGACGUGUCUCCCUCGAGCCUAGAGAUGGCGUUGGGCACAUAGGAGCUGCUCAACAUCAACAUCUCCCCCCUAGGGCAGGAUCUGUUGCCCCCAGGCCAAGUGGCUCUAUGGCCCCUGCUGCUAGAUCUGGGGAGCACACUCAUAAUAACCACUCACAAUCCCAUCACACAAUUAAACCAGCAUGGAAGCCCAAACAAGCUUGGUAUAAUACAGCUAUGGGAAACAAUGGCAAGGCAGGCCAGGAACCUACAAGCAGUGCUGCCCUGGACUGUGAUCGGGGAUCUAGUAGCUCUAACAUUGAGGUAGAUGUCCUUGAUGAUGCCCACGCUGGAAGUGGUGCGAGCAGUUGUGGAACAGGUAACUCUCAUCGAUCAACUAACAAUAACUGGCAACAUCUAAGUAGCUGCAGUCGAACGUCACAACCUCAACCCAACCAGUCAAACCGCAUUACCAGUAGCAGCAGAACAGAGCGAUUAUUCACUCAGUUGAGAGUUCCUAUGCAAGCCAUUGAAGUUGAGAUUGAGGAUGACUAUAUGCCUUAUGACCCAGCUUCCCCUAUUGCAGUGGAUAGUGCAACAUGUGUGAUUAAUACAGACAAUGAUGUAAUUCCACUAGAUCAACCAACAUGUGAGCCAGUUGUUGCGACCCAAUGUGAGAUACACACUCAAGAUCAUCCUGUUACACUAGAUGAGACAUCCACUGAUGACGAUAUUGAAGUCGUUAGCAUCAAGUCAGAAAGCCCUGAGAUAGAGGUUGAUGAGGAGAGAUGUAGUCGUUCUGCCACAGUUGUUGUGGACCUCACUGAAUCAGACUCAGAAAGUCACCGUGUUCACUCGAAUGAUAUCCAAGAGGUUGAACCAAGUGGGCCCACCCAUUACCACCCAAGGACAAGCGUUCUUCACCACCAUACCUACUCACAGCUGGUGGGCAAUGUGCAGCCACCCCCUGCCCAUAGCCAUGUCCACAAUCACAGGUUCACUGGAGCUAAUUCUCGCUACACUGAGGCAUGCAGAUCACCUUGCCCAAAUAAUACACAUGCAUCACCAUCUCCAUGCAGCACUAACCAACAGCCAGAGUCUCAACAAAGUAGCUGUCGUCAUGCAACUCCAGCUCAUGGCUCGUGUAGCCAUCGUAGAACAUGUCCAUCAAGGGGGAAUCACCCUGAGGAUCUGAGUUAUGAACCCCCAGUCCUGACCCCCAGGGUUCAGUACCUCCAGAGUACUGGUCUGACUGGGCAUGCUGUGCACCACCCCCCAGUGGCACAUCAUCACCAUCCUUCUCAUCACCCUUCUAUAUUUCUGCCUGUUCACCAACAGGCACAUUUGUUUCAUCAAAGAGAUCGUGAUCGCUUGACACCAUCUCAGCUGCUCCCUGCUUUCCCGACCAGUCCUCGCCCCCAGCCUCACCCCCAUACUUCCCAGGCCCCUCCCCAGCAGGCACAAGGCUCUUACCCCCAUAGUUCACAACAUGACAGUGGCUCCAGGAGUCCAAACAGAUUUGUGCGACAUGAUAUGACACAUGCAAUACCAUUUCAUCACCGUAAUCUGGAGGCAACGGAACAUGGACCCCCACCUGCCCAUCUCUCCGGGACAGUGUGGCAUGCUCCAGCCCUUCAGCCCUAUGGUACAAGUGUGAGGGCAAGUGUGAGUCCAGGUCAGACCAACCACCAGCAUCUUCACCACCACCUGCACCACUACCACCACCCUCCACAUGCCCAGCACCCCCAGCAGAGGUUACAACAUAUACCUGUGCCGCCUCUUCAUAUCAUGCCACCCAUGCCAGAGAUGCCACCAUUUCCACAGUUCCCACCUUUUCCUCCAAUGGCACACAUGCCCAUGCAUAAUAUGUUCUUUACAAGACUUACGCCAGAUCAACUUGCCAACCACUGGGACUUCCAUGGUGGUAGUGCCAACAGAGGGGCCACACAGGAGACCAUUGAACGGAACACCUACCCCUUCAAAUAUCACAAAAUUGCACGUUCUGGUCAGACAGAAACAGAGGAAGGAGAUGCGAAAAAGACCAAAGACACCUGUGAGACAGAAGAUAAAGAUGAUGAUGAUGAUAUCCAAAUGGACAAAUGUACUAUAUGUCUAAGUGAACUAGAGGAAGAUGAGGAUGUCAGGAGACUGCCAUGUAUGCAUUUGUUUCACUGUGAAUGUGUCGACCAGUGGCUAAUGACCAAUCAAAAAUGUCCAAUAUGUCGCGUUGACAUUGAAGCUGGAUCGAAAGGAGACUCUGAUGCUUAUGCUUAACUUUGUAUCAGAAUGCUUUCCUCAGAAUAUUGAGUAUGAUGAAAGUUGUCUAUUUACUGAAAACACUGUCAUUGAAACCAGCAGACCAUCAGAGUGUCUCAAAGUAUGUGAACUUCACCUGGCACAAAAGUUCUUAUUUCUUGUGCUGGAUUAGACAUGCAUAUUACUAAAGAAGCAGUAUGGGAGAUCAAGACAAAAAAAUGUAAAUUUUUCAUAAUUGAAAUUAUAACUUAUAUCAGUUUAAACUAUUCAUGUACAGCACUCUUAAAAAUUUAAACUAUUAUAUAAUAUAUAUAAUUAUAUAUAAAUAAUAGAUAUACUAUCUUAUAUGCCUAGGGUGCCUAUUUAGUUAUUUAUUUGUGUUAGUACAAGGCAAAAUAGUAUUCAUUUAGUUUGUGAUGAUUUUAUGAAUAUUUGAUAUGCCAUACUUGUAGUUUUGUGUUAAUUUGAAAUACUGUUAAAUGUGUUGAGAUAAAAUAUAGAGAACCUUUUGUGGGCAUAUUAUGUUCACACAUCAUUUAUUUUGAGCAUCAUGUCUUAACACAUCUAUUGUUGUGAGAAUCAUGUCUGCACAUCUUGUACUGUUAUGUAUUUUAUUAAUUUACAUUUAUAAACUUACAACUUAAAAAUCACAAAAAUAAAUUAUUUCUUUCUAGAUGAAUCUACUGAUUUAGAAAAAUAUUAUCUGAUCUUUGUAAAUACUAUAUGUUGUGUAUUAUAAUUUAUAAAUUAUAAUGAUGUUAAAAUUGCAGUAAUUACAAACAGUAUAAAAAUGCACAUGUAUACACUGUAGGGGGGAAUCAUGUACUUGCACAUGUAUACACUAUAGGGUGCAAUCAUGUACUUGCACAUGUAUACACUAUAGGGUGCAAUCAUGUACUUG